UACUCAGAGUGGGCAGGGCCCGAGCUUGCCCCGCCCCGGGUGUGUAGCACAAGCUGUUUGUGGAAAGCCUAGCAAGCUUAAGAAGUCACUCUACCUGAAACCAGGAUGGCGGUGUCUGCCUUCCAGCUGUGGCGUGCGGGCGGGCUGUUAAGAAGAAACUUCCUGACUCACUCGUCUUCUUGGAAAAUUCCUCCUCGUGUCCUCAAAUCCUCACAACCAGAAGCUGUACUCAGUGUAACAAAUAAUGCCCUAUGUUUUGCACCUCUGCAGACAUUUACUGAUGAGGAUAUUAUGAUGCAGAAGGCAGUCAAAAAAUUUGCACAGGAACAAAUUGCUCCUUUGGUUUCAACUAUGGAUGAAAAUUCAAAAAUGGAGAAAUCAGUGAUACAAGGAUUAUUCCAACAAGGGCUGAUGGGCAUUGAAGUUGAAGCAAAAUAUGGAGGAACAGAAGCCUCCUUCUUGUGCUCUGUCCUGGUGAUAGAGGAACUAGCUAAGGUGGAUGCAUCCGUGGCUCUCCUGUGUGACAUCCAGAACACAAUCAUUAACAACCUGUUUAGGAAGCACGGGACAGAGGAGCAGAAGGCCACCUAUUUGCCAAAGCUGGUUACGGAAACAUUAGGGAGUUUUUGCCUCUCUGAAGCUGGAGCUGGUAGCGACUCUUUUGCUUUGAAAACAAGAGCUGAUAAAAGUGGAAAUUACUACGUCAUCAAUGGAUCGAAGAUGUGGAUCAGCAAUGCUGAACAUGCAGAGCUCUUCCUGGUUUUCGCAAAUGUGGACCCCCCCUCUGGGUACAGAGGCAUCACCUGCUUCUUAGUAGACCGAGAUACAGAAGGUUUUCAAAUAGGGAGACGAGAAAACAAAAUGGGGAUCAGAGCUUCUUCCACCUGUCAGUUAACAUUUGAAAAUGUCAAGGUUCCAGAAACCAGUGUUUUGGGGAAAAUUGGGCACGGUUAUAAGUAUGCCAUAGGAAGUCUUAACGAAGGUAGAAUUGGAAUUGCUGCCCAGAUGCUAGGACUGGCCCAAGGAUGUUUUGACUACACUAUUCCAUACAUAAAAGAAAGGAUGCAGUUCGGCAAACGAAUAUUUGAUUUUCAGGGGCUCCAACACCAAGUGGCUCACGUGGCCACCCAGCUGGAAGCUGCACGGUUGCUGACGUACAACGCUGCUAGGCUUGUAGAAGCCGGGAGGCCAUUUAUAAAAGAAGCAUCUAUGGCCAAGUAUUAUGCAUCAGAGGUCGCUGGGCUGACAACAAGCAAGUGCAUCGAGUGGAUGGGAGGGGUCGGCUACACCAAAGAUUACCCUGUGGAGAAAUUCUUCCGCGAUGCGAAGAUCGGUACAAUAUAUGAAGGAGCUUCCAACAUCCAGCUGAACACCAUUGCAAAGCACAUCGAUGCAGAGUACUGACGUCUGCGGCAUGGGUCCCCUGGUGUCACUGGCCCACCAUUUGCAACUGUUGUGCCUUAUUGAGUGGUGUCUGUAGUGCAGGCCCCUGUGUGAAGCCCCUUGUCCUGGUCUCAGGCUUGGGUUUUGUCCCUGUCCCUUUCCAAUCUACUCUAAAAACUGUUUCUAAGAACACAUUUAUAUUUCUCCCCAGUUUCAGAGUUUACAAAAGUUUCACUAUACCAGCAUUUGGGAAGAAGAAACCGUUUGAAGUAUUGGCAUCGCUGACAGGAAUAGUCACUUUAUAUUCCUACUAAAUCUUUGGACUGUGGUAUGAGGAGCGUUUGUUACAGUUGGCAAUUUUUAUUCAAUACUUUAGAGAUUCAGUGGUAAGUUGCUAAACAAGGUAGAAACUGUUAAAAUUUAUUUGGAAAAAUCUAGAACUCUUAGUUCUAAAUAUCAAAGAAAUAGUAGAAAAGUAAAAAUGUAGCUUGUAGGCCAUAUAAUUGACAACAACAAGAAGUCUAAACUAUUAUUUUAAACAACAAAAGCAGUAUUUUUGGCUGCUGUAAUUGAACUAUCUGAAAGAUAUAUUAUGCAGUGGCUUUUAGCAGCUCAUUUUAAAAACAUGUCCUCAUAUUAGUUUUCAGUUAUAAAGUUUAAAUAAUUUGGCCUAAUCAUCUGAAAAUAACUUAUCAGAUCAUGCACUAUUUUUCAGUAGUAUGAUUUAUUUCUAUAUUUUAAUUGAGAAUUUUUUUUCUCAAACUUGGUUAUUGGACUUUAUCCUAAAUAGUAAUUAAUUGAGAAAUUCAAUUUUGGUUUUCAAAAUUGAUUCUUAAGAGAAAUAUACCCCCAUAAGGAAAUAAUAUCACAAUCUCAUAAGGAAUGGGGAAUAGAGACUAGGUACAUUUUCAGGCACAUUCAGUAUAAAUAUAUGUAGUCAUUUAUACUGGUAUAUUAAAUAAUAUUAUAUUUGUGAAGACAAGAUUUAUGUCUUACAAUGUAAAUGAAAAACAGACAAACCUAAUCAGAUAUCCGGCUGGUGAAGCCAUUGGUCAGUGUUAGGAAUUUCCAGUCAGGAGAAGACCCUCUAGUGCAGACCCUGAGUCCUCUGGAGAGAGUAGACAAGCGAGUUUCACAUUUCCAGAGGAAACAUCACAAGUUAGAUGCGAAAAAUGCCCCAAGGCUCGUGCAGUUGCUGAAAAUAAUCAUUACUUCUAGGUAGAAAGUAUUUUAGUACUUUUGCAAAAGGAUAAUGUUUAUUAAGAAAACUUGACAUUUUCUAGGUAAUUUUGCUUUGCACGGUCAUGUUUAUUGAGCUAAAUUAAUUUCCACAAUGCAAAUCAUAGUUAAAUAUGCAAGGUUGUGUAAAUACAGUUGAGAUAAGGAUUACAUUAAAACAGUAGGAAGAAACAGAACAAAUUUAGACCUUGAAUCCAAAGAGAUAAAGUCUACUUGACUUUCAAAUGGGGGAACUGAAGAAAGCCCCUCACCCAGGCUUUCAGAACAGACAGAUGGGGAGAUAAGAAAGCCAGGGUGGGUGCAGUGCCCUGAUGGGCAGAUAUCUUCCAUUUCUGUGCCCAUGUGAAGGAGGUAGCCUUACAGACGGGGCAGUGGGAGGCAAUGAGUAAACCGAGUCCUUCCUUCCCUCCCUCGAGUUAGAAACCCAGGAAAGGGUGAUAAACGCCCUGUCCUAACUCAGCAUUAGCAGGGACUGUCCGUUACCUAUUUGGACUUGCAAUGUGCCCAUAGCACUCUAAUUCUGUGUGUAUAUUUUGCACAUAUUCACAAAGGAUAGUUAACAUGCAUUAAUUACUGGUGUAAUUAACGUAUGAACUCGCCUGCUUCUCUCCGUGAGUCCUUGCAUUGUUUCACCAAGGAGGACGUCUGAGGUCUACUCAUAUUUCUUCUGACUUCCGUGACUUUGUAAUCUGUCAUGAAACCAUGUCUCUCAAGUUUGUGUCUGGUAAGGAACCACACGAUGUUUGUUAAUUUGAGGACUGAGAUGACACAGGGCACAGGAGUUAUAUGGUAUAUGCAGGUCAAAUUGGUUGCCAAGUUUCCGUUAUUAGAAAAAGACUGUACACAACCAUAAAAGCAGCUCCAUCAAUUUAAACUGAAAGACUUAACCAAAGCUGCCCUCUCAGAUCAUCCAUCCAAGGACAAAGACAAGAAUUCAGAUGGACUGGCUCAGAUGCAGUGUUCUUCCCAUUACUAAACACAGUCAUCGUUCGGCAGAUCGUGGAUUUUGUCCUUGUUUUAUUUUGAUUUAUUUCAGGUUUACCUGGUAAAUAAUGAGCAUCAUAGUAAUGUUGUGAUUGAUCGAUCACUUGCUAAAGGCUCUUAGGUCCGAAGAUGGCUUUGUGAGAUCAUUCUGCAUCACUGUUAUACUGUUUUAUAAGAAAUACUCCGCAGGGUGCUUAUGCUGAUCUGUCAUAAAGAGAAAGUUCCACUUAA